UGUUGAGAAUCUCUUUGCUGAUUAUUUCUUCGAGACUGAUUUGGUAGAAAGCUGCAGUACCGACAUCCUAAGAUGCUGCGAUCUGUACCACCCAGUGCUACAAUAACCACGUUAGAUAAGAGCAGUAAAGAGAUACUAAUAGAAAGAAUAAGUUUACUCGUAAUCGGUAUUUGACACUAAAGUUAUUGGCUUUUCGAGCACUAUCUACAAUUUUCUAACGUAUAUCCAGCACGUCACAAUACCAUCUGCUGAAAGUAUUUUUUGUCUUAUUUACUUACAUCAAAUUGUGUAUCUAUAAAUUAAAAUAACUUAGACAACUCCAUAUAGACAAAGAAAUGAUAUCCGUGAUGAGACUGAGUAAACAGAUAAGCGCCACCGAGUUUUAUCCGCAUAACGCAACGAGUAAUAUCAACCACAGUAUAAAUGACAAGAGAGCUGGGGUCGUCGGAAAUUGUAUAACACGCUCAUGUGUAGUUAGUUAGGUUCAACGCGUCCAAUCAUGUACAGAAACUUGAGUACAGUUCUACAAAAACGCGAGUUACGCACGGGACAGAAAUUUCAUUGUACAAUUAUCUUUGGACGAGCAAUACUUAGUACACAGUAUUGCAUUGUGACAAUUGAACGUGGAUAUCACAGUGAAAAUGGUGUAUAUGGAUAUCGUCCAAAAAUACAAAAGCAUUUCGAAGUGGGAGCGGAAUGCUUGGCGAAUCGAGCAAAAUACAGCAACUUUUAUAGACUCGUCACGGCAUACAGAGAACACGCUCAUAAACAGGCUAAUAUAAAUCCCAUUUCUCUCAAGAAGCCUGCGAUGUUGCCGGAAUUGUUACCAAAAAAAUUUGGUCUCAAUUUAUCGGAUAAAGUUUCCUUUCGGAAUAUUUUAACAACGAAUAAAUCUGAAGGCACUGUUAAGGAUGCUCUGGAUAUUCUCAAUAAAGUAUACAGUUCGACAAUGGGAGCCGAAUUUAGUUAUCUCGAUACAGAAGAAGAAAGAGAAUGGUUUGCCGAGACUUUAGAAAGAUGUCACGACGAACCAAUCGACAGUGAUACACAAAAAGCCAUACUGAAAGAGAUGCUGAAGAGUCAGGUGUUUGAUAAUUUUUUAGCAAUAAAAUUCGUAAGCUUCAAAAGAUAUGGCUGCGAGGGCGCUGAAAGCAUGAUGGCAUUCUUCCAUGAGAUCUUCAAAUUAUCAGUACACGAUACUCUCAAGAACAUAGUCAUGUGUAUGCCACAUCGUGGACGCUUGAAUUUUCUCACGGGAAUGCUCAAGUUUCCGCCUGAAAAGUUGUUUCGAAAACUUCGUGGUUUUUCAGAGUUUCCUGAUGACGUGCAGGCUACGGGAGACGUUACUAGCCACUUUACCUCAUCCGUAAAUCUUAACAUAGACAAUGAAAAGUUACACGUCACUAUGCUUUACAAUCCUUCGCACUUGGAAGCUGUGAAUCCCGUUUCCAUGGGAAAAACAAGGGCGACAAUGCAUGCCCUUGAAGAUGGUGCAUACAGCGAUAGAGAAGAUGCACAGUGGAGUGACAAAGUUUUGAAUCUUCAAGUUCAUGGCGAUGCUGCAUAUACCGGUCAAGGUGUUAAUCAGGAAUGUCUCGCAAUGAGUUAUACCCCCCACUUCGAGAUCGGUGGAUCGAUUCAUAUUAUUGUUAACAACCAAGUGGGUUUUACGACUCCAGCUUCCAGAGGACGAUCAUCUAGAUAUUGCACUGAUCUAGCAAAGUUUAUUGCUGCCCCUGUUAUACACGUUAACGGCGAUGAUCCGGAGAUGGUCAUUCGAGCAACGAGAAUUGCGUUUAAAUAUCAGAGAAAAUUUCGAAAAGACGUCUUCAUCGAUUUCAACUGCUUUAGACGAAGAGGCCAUAAUGAAUUAGAUGAUCCAACAUUCACUAAUCCGGCAAUCUACAGGAUAAUUCAAAACCGUCAGUCGAUACCGGAUCGAUAUCUAGAGAACUUAAUAGAAUCGAACGUCGUUACUCCUGAGGAAGGAAAAUCCAUCAUUCAGAAACAUACAGAUUAUCUGUCGCAAGCAUUGAUGCAAGUUGAUAAUUAUAUUCCUCAACCGACUUAUUUUAUGGGAAAAUGGUCAAAGAUGAAGCAAGCUUCAUCAGCUGUGACAACUUGGGAAACGGGUGUUGAUGUAAAUCUUUUAAAAUUCAUAGCCAACAAAAGCGUACAGUUGCAAAGUGAUUUAGACAUACAUCCUCGUUUAUUGAAUACGCACAUUAAAGCGCGGCUGAAGAGAGUCGAAAAUGACAAACAACUUGACUGGGCUACCGCAGAAGCCAUAGCUUUUGGAUCCUUACUGUACCAAGGAUACCAUGUCAGGAUUAGUGGUCAGGAUGUUGGACGUGGAACAUUUUCUCACAGGCACGCUAUGCUUGUCAAUCAACAGACGGGAAGUAUCUUCAUACCGUUGAACUCCAUGGUCGAAGGGCAGAUAGGAAAAAUCGAACUUGCUAACAGUAUUUUAUCAGAGGAAGCCGUUUUGGGUUACGAGUAUGGGCUGAGCAUCGAAUCUCCAACUACUUUACCCAUAUGGGAAGCUCAAUUCGGUGAUUUUUUCAAUGGUGCACAAAUAAUCAUUGAUACAUUCAUUACAAGUGGAGAAACUAAAUGGAUGACCAGCAGUGGUUUAACUAUGCUUCUACCUCAUGGUUACGAUGGUGCUGGUCCGGAUCAUACUUCUUGUAGAGUCGAAAGAUUUUUACAGUUGACUGAUAGUAAAGAAAACAAGCCUGAUGGAGAUAACGUUAAUAUUCAGGUGGCGAAUCCCACGACACCAGCACAAUACUUCCAUUUAUUGAGAAGACAGAUGGUACGAGAUUUUAGAAAACCACUCGUGAUUGUUGCACCUAAAACUUUAUUACGUCAUGCUGCUGCAACGUCUUCGUUCAAAGAUAUGGGAUUAGGAACAAGUUUUAAAAAUGUUAUAGAAGAUAGUGAGGCUGAUGUUAACGAAGUGACCAAAGUUAUUUUGGUUAGUGGCAAGCAUUAUUAUGCUCUAAACAAUCAUAGGGAAGUUGUAGGUGCUAAAAAUGUAGCGAUUAUUAGGGUCGAGAGUCUCUGUCCUUUUCCAAUUUUGGAGUUGCUCCAAGAAGUGCAGAAGUAUAAACACGCUCGAACUUAUAUAUGGAGUCAGGAGGAACCACAAAAUAUGGGACCAUGGUCUUUCGUGAAGCCACGCUUCGAAAAUUUAUGUGGACGAUCAUUAAAAUAUUGUGGGCGUGAAGCUUUGUCAACGCCAGCAGGGGCCAUCGGUUAUAUACAUCAGCGAGAGGCAGAAGAAGUCAUUGUUAAACCGUUUACAAUAGAGUGAACACCACUGAAGAAUAAAUUCGUCAAAGCUGAUAUCCUAGAACGUGAUUGGAUACGUAAGCAUACAUUUUUUUACUGAUUUUUCAUUUCAAUGUAAUCUCUAUCACUAUAUUAUUACUUUGCAAAUAAUAAAUACUUCAUAUAAGUGUU